AAUAUAAAAAGAAGAAAACAGCAAACAAAAUAUAUUUGAUAAAUCAAAGGACCAACAAUAACAAAUGAGCGCUCUCUUUCGCAGCCUGAAUAAUUUUUCUUCGAAGCGUGAGAAUGUCAUUAAGGAAGCAUUGAUAAACACCCUCAACGAGAAUGCGAGAGAAAUCGAAUUUGAAGUCAAGCAAAAAGGAUUGGAGGUGCUGGGACUUUGCGAGCAAACGAGUGCAUUAUGCACCACACUGGAAGCCGUGUUUCUGCACGGCCUGAAGGAUUCGUUUUUGUGGGCCACCAUCAAUGUGAUUGCUGGCGAUGUGGAGCGACGGCCGGAACCGAGCUUCUGGUCACCCGCCAUGGUGUUCAUGCACAAGCAGGUGAUCGAGCAGAUACAGGGAUUAAGUCAGAUCACCUCGGAGACUGGACAGUGUCGGGCCUGGGUGCGACAGUCUCUUAAUGAUUCGGUCUUCUCUGCCUACUUGAACAACAUGCGCAAAAAUGGUUCAGCUUUAAAGCCGUAUUACAAGAAGACAGCUCUGCUUAAGGAUGCCGAAGGAUUGGAGACGGCAGCCAAGAUUAUGGAAAGCCUGGAAGCCUAUGUGGGAUUCGAUUUGCCCGUCAACUCGAGCCUGCUCAAUCAAUGGCCCGACUACUCGCUUCAGUUGUCCGAUCUGUGGACGCCGGCUCUUAAAUCCUGUCCAAUCAGCAGCGGAGUGGAUGUGGCCAGCUCGUUAGCAACGGAAAUUGUGGCGAUACCCACACCACAGCCACUUCACACCAACGAGCUCUUCUCGGAAUCCAUUUCCAACAGCCCAUUCAGUCGUGGUGGUCACUUUGACAAUGCAGACCUGAAUCAACACGAGAUCUUGGACAUGUUCAUGCAAAAGGUGGACGAAAUGGACAUCAUUAGUGAGGAACAGACAACAACAGUGUCCGAUUCGAGCACGACAGAUAUAACCAAGGCUGAGACAGACACUGAGAUCGCAUCGAGCAGCAAGCAAAGGGUUCAAAAGCGUUCCAUGCGUCAUAUUGAGGAAGGAUUCUCCGAGCUGCCACAGGGCAGCAACUCACUGAGCAAUCUAAUGCAAACGUCCUGGUCCGCCGACCUGGAUGCCCACUCGCCCACCGAAGAGCAUUCCGGUGCGCGUUUCUUUCAGCGCUCCGUCAGCAUGAGCAGUGCCGUUAGUCUACGUUCCCCCAACGCCGAUCGCUGCAGCUACAAUGCGCUCCUCAGGAAGCAUGAAAACAAUCGCGAGGAUGGCGCUGGCUGGUCACAGAUCUGGGAGAAGUUUCGCGCCAGUGCAUCCACCUUGAAUGUGACUCAGCAGCAGCAACAACGUCGCGAGUCUGAACCCCUAAUAGCAGAUGACUUGAGUGAUCUGCAAUCCCUAGAUACCAACUCGGACUUUGAGCUGAUUACAUCCAACUUUGAUAUGGCCGAGUUGCAACAAAUGGUUGCACAAUUGUGUCAGUUGCCUCGCGAGCCAGGACUCAAUGCCCAGGGAUUUCUAUGCCGGGGCUGUCAGCAUCCACUAGGCAUUGGAGACAACAACUUUCAAGUUUGUGCCUUCAGUGGCAGCUAUUUUUGCAACAGCUGCAUGGAGUCGGAAAUUCACCUGAUUCCGGCACGGAUCAUCUUCAAUUGGGACUUUCGCAAGUAUAGCGUCAGCAAGCGAGCUGCCAUCUUCUUGGCCGAGUUUCGGUCUCAGCCCUUCCUGGACAUGCAGCUGCUUAAUCCCAGCAUUUACUUUGCAUCCGAGGCCAUGGCCGAACUGCAAUCACUGCGCAUCCGCUUAAAUUUUAUCCGUGCCUAUCUGUACACCUGUGCACCGUCUAGCAUUCAGCUGCUGCAAAAUCAUUUCUGUGGCCGCGAAUAUCUCUAUGAGCAUAUACAUCAAUACUCCAUUGCGGAUUUGGCAUUGAUACAGCGUGGAGCACUUUGCCAACAGCUGCAAAAGGCCUUCAAACUGGGCGAGGCACAUGUGCUCAAGUGUCGGUUGUGCCAGCUCAAAGGAUUCAUCUGUGAAAUCUGUCAGAGUCCCCGAGUUCUCUAUCCUUUCCACAUAGCAACAACAUUUCGAUGUGUCACCUGUGGAGCUGUGUUUCAUGCCGAAUGUCUCAACGAACACCAGCCAUGUCCCAGAUGCGAGCGUCGACGUAAACGGGAGGAUCAGCCCCUGCUGGAUGCGGUGCAGGAUUUGAAGCUCAAGCAUCAGACUUCUUAGAGAGCCAUUUAGUUUAUAAGCAACAAAGUGCGAUUCUUUUUUCUAUCCCCAAAGAAGGAUUUAGUUGUUAUUUAAAUAUUAUAAUAAGCCUAUAAAAUUGUUAUUGCUUUAUACGUGUAUUGUAUUUCGUCGAAUUGUCGGUAUUUAUGCCUGCUCCUAUUGAUAUUGUUUAUACUCGUAGCUAUGUUUAUGCGCUUAUUUGUGUAACAAAUCAAAUGACACUAGCAUUUAAUAAAAUAAAUAUACUCAAGAUUGUG